ACUCAGCCAGUCCACCAGUUUGAAGGUCUGCUGUCACGCACCCUACGCACUGUAGCACCAGCCGUGCGCACUCCUCCAUGCGUGCGGACAACGUGCACAGGUUCAGCACCGCACUGACGUGGACAGCAUGCUUACGGACAGACGGAAAGAACCACAGUCUCUUCCAUAGAGACAGAGGUUCCAUCCAUACUGUAAGUACAUAACGGGGAGAAGUAUUUGCCGGCAUUCAAGGGCUGCAUCCUUUUCUUCAAAGGGGACAACAUGGGCAGAACAGUGAUCUUUAAAAUUUUAAUCUCAAGCAUUUGAUGAUAACAAGGAGGAUUUCGGAAAAGUGCCAACGAAGGAUUUUAGCGGCUUGUCUGCGAUUUGUUUCAUAGCCCAGGACUUCGAUAAGUUGCUCAGGAGAAUGGAAAAGCCCAUCCAGCCUCAGUCAACCAUGUCCAAGUGCGCAGAAGGUCCGUCAGAGGACCUCUCCAAACUUACGGAUGAGGAGCUUCUGAAAUGGAGCAAGGAAGAUCUGGUGCGCCGGCUGCGGAAAGCCGAAGCCGAGAAGAUGAGCGUGAUAGUGGACCACAGCAAUCUCAUCCGAGAGGUGAACCGCAGGUUUCAGCAGCACCUGAACGAGAUACGGGGUCUGAAGGAGGUGAAUCAGAAGCUCCAGGAGGACAACCAGGAGCUACGAGAUCUCUGCUGCUUUCUGGAUGACGAUCGGCAGAAAGGGAAGAAGGUGUCGAGGGAGUGGCAGCGCCUGGGCCGGUAUAGUGCAGGAAUCAUGCGUAAGGAAGUGACAUUGUACCUGCAGAAGCUGAAAGAGCUAGAACAGAGGCAGGAGGAAGUGGUGAGGGAGAACCUAGAACUGAGAGAGCUGUGCCUCAUGCUGGAUGAAGAGAAGGGCUUAUCCACUGGUGGGUCAGCAGGCACCGGGGGACCAGCCGGCUGCAGGAAUUCAAUUGAUAGCCAGAGCAGCCUGUCUCAUGCCAGCGGACCUGGGCCUGGACUACUGAGGGAUGUAGGUGAUGGGAGCAGUACCUCCAGCGCGGGCAGCACCAACAGUCCUGACCAUCUCACACAUAAAGAGCAGCUGUUGGGUGGCCCAGCUGGAGGCAGUCCUGACCACCUAUAUAAACCAGGCACAGGGGAGGAGGCAUUAGGUCCCGAGCACGCAGGCCGCAGGCAUAGCACCAGCCAGGAGUAUACAGCGCAUACCUUUCCCCAGGUAUGCAGGUCUCGCUGCGGGUCCUUCUCCAGUCCAGACCAUAAGGGCCUACGGGGGCUCAGUCCAGAGAAACUCGGCAAGAGCCUGUCUAGAGGCAGUCCAGAGCAAUUCUCGAAACACUUGCUGGUGUCCUCUCAACCGCCCGGCAGCCCCGACCUUUUCCAGAAGCACAGGGUGAGCAUGGGUAGUGUGUGUGGGAGUCCAGAGCCCAAACAGAGUCUAUCAGGGAUGCCAGAACACCUACAGAAGGGCCGUAUCAUAUCUGGAAGCCCUGAGAUGUUAAGGCAUCAGUAUGGCGGCAGCCACGAACACGGCAAGUUUGGCAGCCCGGGCCGAGAGGUAACACAGAAGAGGACAGGGGGAGAGGAGAUGUCGCCUCAUCACCGGAGCAUCUAUACCGCUCUGAUAUCAGCUGGCUGUUGCACCAGCUCCUGUAGAAGUGUCAAGCUUUGGGACAGUGUGCUAACACGGCAACCUCCACCACCCCACCACCACAAGUUGAGUCCUGUCCUGCACGGGGGUAGGCUCCUCGCCCCUGCCUCUUAUCUCUGGCAGGAUAUAACGGUUUCGAGUACAACUUCUUCGGACCGCCAGACGGGGCUUACGCCAAAGAGAGACAUUAUAUUUCUGUUUUAUAUUCAUCAAAUAAAUGUCAUCUUAGAUUUCACUCAAGUCUGCGAGUCUUCCUGAUAGAACUGUGUGUUUUUCAACAAAAACAGUUGUUGAAUAACUUUAGGUCAAUUAUAAGAAAUAUAAGUCAAAAAUAAGACAUAUGAUGUCAGUUUACAUGUUGUAGGCUACAUCAUGAUUUUAGCAGUUUUUAGUUUUUAUAGCUUGUUAACUUAUUUUAAAUAAUUUUAAGUCAUCUUAAGGCCCCUUGGAAGUUUGCUGAGGCCCCUAAUGGGCCCCGACCUCCUGGUUGAGAAACACUUUUUUAAGUUAUACAGUUGUAUAAUGACGUGAGGGUUAGUAAUUCAUUUUUAGAUAAACUAUUAUUUUAAAAAAAAACAUUAAUGCUAUUCAGUUUCCAUAUUUGGCUGGGCCUCUACUCUGUGGACGUAGAGGUUUCAUUAAUUCUAAUCAACUGCUCAUUUCACCCCAUAGUUUUGAUGCCUCCUGACCAUUGCCUUGACUGGAUCCGGCGUUGGGACCCAGGUCAUGAAAAAGGAUCCCUGUGCUUUCAUGUCACCUGCACUGACGGAGAGAUGGAAGGAGAGAAUAAAGAGAAAAUAAUUUAAGGACUAAACACUCUGUAGCAGCCAGCAUCUACCGUUGCCCCACCAUGGUGGUUCCUGGUCUACUAAUACAACUUACAGCCCUGCACAACAAAGACUUCUUAGGAGUCAAACAACUGGAAAUAACAAGAUUGCCAAAAGGAUUUCUCAAACAGGAGAGUUAAUGAUCUCUCUUUUGCCAACAAAAUAGACCUACCUCCAGAAAAAUAAAAAAUAAAAUGAUCUGGGACUGAGAGGCUAUAACCCAUUUUGUUUACAGUUGCCACAAAACAGACAUAGUCAUCUGACAAAACCUUUGCACACAUAGGCAGACAGGUAUUAUCAGACUGGUCUUAUGGCUCUGAGAAUAAGGGCAACAUUUCUUAAGCUGUGUGUAGGUAAGAGCAAUACUGAGUGUCAGUGGCUCGCAAGUUUAAUUAGACAUUCUAAAUAUUUGCUGAAAUUUCAAUGAGAAUGACUUAUCGAUCACUGCCUGCCUUUCAUUAAAGGCAUAGUUCACCCAAAAAUACAACUUCUGUCAUCAUUUACUCACACUCAUGUUGUUCCAAACAUUUUUCUUGCAUGGAAUUAUCUAGCAAAAUGUCUAAGGUGCUCUUCUCCAUACAACGUAAGUGCAGUCCCUGUUACCAAUUCACUUUCAUUAUUUGGAAAAAAGCUGCUUGGACAUUGUGCUAAAUAUCUUCUUUUGAGUUCCACAUAAGAAAGAAACCCCAUACAGGUUUGGAACAACAUAAGGGUGAGUAAAUGAUUACAGAACUUUCAUUUUGGGUCAGCUAUCCCUUAAUGAGCUGUGUGAGGACCUAUAUUUUCUGUGUUGACUACCGUACUGCAAUUUAAUGUUUAAGAUGUCUAUAGUAAUUCAGAAAUCUGCACUGGAACAGGAGGUGCCCCAAAACACCUCUCCUGUCUCUCAAUAUCCCAUAACUGAUGUCUUUGAAGACACAGAGUGUUGUGUGAUGUGAAAGAAGCACAUAGAACGCUGCUGCUACAAGCAAGAUUUGUGUAGCCAAACGCUUAAGCCUUCCAUUGUGUUGAGUCCUCUUGCUCACCUUGCUGCCGAAAUCAAGCGGCCAAAUCACAAGGCUACAGUAUAUGAAAGCUUCACAAACCCUGACCAUUUCCAUGCUUUGUGAAAUUGCCAAACCCAUUUAAUGGUUUACCAUUAAAAUGGGAUUUUGUUCUGCAUCUGUCUGUGGAUUAAAAAGGAAGGAUGGCCUUAUGGCUCUAUUAGAAAACCAGAUCUGCCUGGUUUCAGAAGAAACAACAUUCUCUGUUUAUGGACCAUAAUUGACAGGCAAAAUCACAGACUUGUCCACAUACAACUUCCUUCUGUCCCACUGGUCAACAUAGACCACCAUCUUUUCAGGAUGUAUUCAACUGAACAUCUUCUGGCAGACAGUACAAACCAUACACACAUUUGUUCUCUGUAUUGUUGUGUUUCAAUUAACCAAAUUUGAUACUUAUAUUUUUGUCCUCACUGAACAUUACUGACUUUUCCAAAGCCAACAUCACUCACCUUGUAAACCAUCAAUCCUUCUGUAUAAAUAUAGCAAAAGCUACUUGAUGAGCUCAUUAACCUGUGAUCUUUUUUAUAUUUGUUGACAGAUUAUGAGACAGAACAGAUAUUAAUAUAUAAAUCUUUUAUGUAUUUAAAAAGUAAAGAGUAGUUUAAGGCUUAGUUUUUUACAUAUGAUAACUAUAAUUAUUAUUUUUGAUGUACUGGUAUUAUUGAAACUAUAAAUAUUAUACUAAGAGA